AUGAAUUCUAUAUGGAAAUGUAUUUGUGGUGAUAAACCAAGAGAAGAAAAUAAGAUUAGGGAUAUUUCAGUAGCAAUGAAUUAUCUUUCAUUACCUGGACAAAAUCCAAAUACGAAGAAACCAAGAGCUCAAGUAGUUUUAGCUCCUAAACAUGGUUUAAUGGAUUGGAUAAGAAAAAUGAGUAAUACACCAAAUUUGUCUGGUACGAAUGGAAAAUUAUUAAAUGUUACAGAAGAAGAAUUAGCUAAACACAAUAAAAAAACUGAUUGUUGGACUGCUAUUUCAGGACAUGUUUAUAAUAUAACACCAUACCUUGAUUAUCAUCCAGGUGGUGCUGAUGAAAUAAUGAAAGGUGCUGGUAUUGAUUCAACAGCACUUUUUCAAGAUAUACAUUCCUGGGUAAAUUUUGCUUCUAUGCUUGAAAAAUGUCUUGUUGGUCGAUUGAUAACUAAACAUAGUCAAAAAGAAACAUCAUUAAUUAAAUCAAAAUCUUUACAAAAUCGACUUCGAUUUGAUUUUCGUCAAUCAAAUUCAAGCAGUUUAACACUUUUUAUAUAUACAACUUGUAUAAAUUUAACUGUAGAAAAUGUUUUUGUUUAUAUUGAAAAUUCCAAAAAUAUUCUUAUUCUUGUUUUUAUUGAUGGAUAUAUUCAUACAAUAGCGAUAGAGUUAUUUGAAUUGAUAACAGAUGAUUUUACUGUUCGUAUCUCAUCGACUAAUCCAAGUAUAAUUGAAAUUAAUUUAAACAAACAAAUUGAUCAAAUAUGGAAAUCAAUCGGAAAAUUCCUACCAAAUCAUUUAUCUAUUUGUCCUAUACAUGGUUUUGAACCUAUAUAUUUUACUGCUACUCUAAUUAAACGAAGUCCAGUAACACAUGAUACGGAUUGGUAUACAUUCUCAUUACCUUCAUAUGUUUUCAUGUUACCUCCAAUUGGUUAUCAUGUUCGAUUAAGACAACCAAAAGAUGGUAUAAUUAUUGUAAAACCUUAUACAGUAGUCAAUAAAUUAAAUACUAAUGAACAAGAUUCAUCAUCGGAACAUACAAUUGAGUUAUUGAUUAAACAUUAUCCAGAUGGAUUAAUGUCACCAACGUUACACAAGCUGAAUAUUGGUAAUACUAUGGACAUGAGUUCAUGUGAAGGCACAUUUGAUAUUCAAAGAAUUGAUAUGUGUCAAACACUUAUUCUUAUUGCAGCGGGUACUGGUUUUACACCAAUGAUUCGAAUUAUUAAUUAUGUUAUUAAACAAACGAAUAAUGGAAAACAAUUAAAAGUGUAUUUAUUAUUUUUUAAUAAAACUCAAAAAGAUAUUUUAUGUCGAGAAGAAUUAGACACAAUAUCGAAACAAUAUAAGUUCAUCGUACAUUAUAUUCUCUCUGAACCUGAUACUGAAUGGACAGGUGAAACAGGUUAUAUUCGAGGUGAACUUCUUCAUCGAUUACUUCCACCAUUACCUUCAAAAGAUCAUGACACUGAAACACUUGUUUGCAUUUGUGGACCAAUACCAUUUACAACAUUAGCUAUUGAUUUAUUCAAAGAACAACAUUAUAAAGAUAAUCAUUUACAUGUAUUUCUUGCGUGA